AUGUUCCUUCUUCAACUUUUUUCAGUUUUAUUGCUCUCUCUAUACUCAAUAUCUUCCGCAUCUGAUCAUACUUUAAGCAAAGGCUCAUCAUUGUCAGUGGAGAACAGAAACGAUGUGUUCACAUCACCCAGCGGCAUUUUCUCUGCUGGAUUCUUCCUCGUUGGUGACGAUGCAUACUGCUUUGCAAUAUGGUUUAACGAACCUUCCUGUGGCACCAACUGCACCAUUGUUUGGAUGGCUAACCGCGACCGGCCAGUUAAUGCUAAAAAAUCGAAGCUCUCCCUACUUUAUUCUGGUAAUCUUGUCAUUACUGAUGCUGAUCGGUCCAUAGUUUGGGCUACAAACACUGUUUCACAAUCCUCAGUGAACUUGCACCUCCACGACAAUGGUAAUCUCUUGUUGUGUGACACUGACUAUGGCGUUAGGAUACUAUGGCAAAGCUUUGAUUUUCCUACUGAUACUCUUCUUCCACAGCAAUCGCUCACCAAAUACAGCCAGCUUGUCUCCUCAAGAAGUCGAAGCAACUAUUCUUCGGGAUUCCAUAAGUUCUAUUUUGAUAGUGAUAACGUCCUCCAUCUUCGUUUUGAUGGCCCUGACACUUCGAGCAUUUACUGGCCAGACCCAGGGCUUUUGAGCUGGGAUGCUGGGAGGAACACUUUCAACAGCAGCAGAAUUGCUUUUUUUGAUUCUUUUGGCAAAUUUAGUUCAUCUGAUGACUUGACCUUUCGGUCAGAGGAUUACGGAACGAGGGUUCAGAGAAGAUUGAAGAUGGAUUUUGACGGUAAUCUUCGACUAUACAGUCGAGAAAAUAGGAGCAACGCAUGGAUUGUUUCUUGGCAAGCCAUGUCUCAGCCUUGUAGGAUUCAUGGGAUUUGUGGGCCCAACAGUAUGUGUAAUUAUGUUCCUAGUUCUGGCAGGAAAUGUUCUUGUCUUCCAGGAUUCAAGGUCAGGGAUCAUUCGGACUGGUCUUUGGGUUGUGAACCUGAAUUGAAUCGUUCUUGUAGCAGAGAUGAGAUCGGUUAUCUUCAACUAACUAAAGUUGAGUUUGUUGGCUAUGAUUAUGGCUUCUUUCAUAAUUACACGGUGCAGAUGUGUGAGGAGCUAUGCUCGCAGAUAUGCAAUUGCAAGGGAUUCCAGAUAAUAUUCAGCCAGCGCUACUAUCCAAGUAACAUUCCUUAUUGUUACCCCAAGAGAGCUCUAUUAAAUGGGCAUAAUUCACCAAAUUUUGAAGGAGACUUCUAUUUGAAAGUGGCAGAACCCAGUCCCUCCUACAAUAGUACUGUUGAAGAAUUCAGGUUAGACUGUUCUGUUGAAGUUGUAAAACUGCUGAACAGAACUUACUCAAAAAGCCUUGAAAAUGGAUCACUAAAUUUUGUCAUUUGGUUUGCUUGUGGAAUUGGAGGGGUUGAGUUUCUCGUCGUUUUCUCUGUGUGGUUUUUCUUGAUACGAAGUCAAAGCGAAGGUUAUUUAUGUAUUGAAACAACAUGCUUCAGAAAAUUCACACUUUCUGAGCUAAAAAAGGCAACUCGAGUUUUCAGUGAAGGGAUUGGAAGAGGUGGAGGGGGAAAUGUAUACAAAGGAGUACUAUCAGAUCAUAGAGUUGCAGCAAUUAAGCAACUGAACGAAGCUAACCAAGGAGAAGCAGAGUUCCGAGCGGAAGUUAGCAUUAUUGGGAAGCUGAAUCACAUGAACUUGAUAGAGAUGUGGGGAUAUUGUGCAGAGGGAAAAAACAGGCUUUUAGUUUACCAGUACAUGGAGCAUGGCUCCUUGGCAGAAAAUCUGUCUUCCAUCAAUUCACUUGAUUUUGAAAAGCGAUUUAACAUUGCAGUGGGCACUGCCAAAGGCCUUGCUUAUUUACACGAAGAGUGCGUAGAAUGGGUUCUGCAUUUUACAGGAAGGAGUCCAGGCAUAGAGAUAGAGCACGAAAGGUUGGUUACAUGGAUGAGAGAAAAGAUGGAGGACGCUACUGUAAAGCAUUCUAAUUUUUGGAUAGAAACGAUCAUAGACCCUAAGUUGGAGGGCAAAUAUGAUAAAGAUAGGAUGGAAAUUCUGGUGAUGGUGGCUCUAAAAUGUGUAAAUGAAGACAAAGACGACAGGCCAACCAUGAGACAGGCAGUUGAAAUGCUUCUACUCCAUGAAAAUGGUUCUGAAUCCAUCUAA